AUGAUUAUCAAAAGUGAGGCGAUCAGCCAGCUUUUCUCCAGUUUCUUAAAACAAUCUCCAUUGACUCCAGACCAUGCUUCUUAUUCCUUAUCUUUGAUUGAUUACGAUAACGAUGGUCAAGUCUUGUUUUCUUCACUAGAUUCAAAACUAGCAAAGUCGGAAAUCGAUUUCAAGAAUCAAAAUAAAAACAACCAAAGUAUCAGCGCUCAAAAUAAUUUCAAUAGCAUGAAUUUAUUACUUAAAAAUCUAAACUAUCAAGUUUAUCAGGAUUCUCUAAAACAAAGGACCUCUUCCACUUGUUCUUCCACAAAUAUACAUUCUACUAUUAGUUUAAAUCUCUCAUCUACUAGUGAAAAUGAUAUAAAUAAACAGUAUUUACCAGAAGACCAGGAAAUUGAUUUAUCUGAUUUGGAUUCACAAAAUAAAUAUCCAUAUUGUAGCGCAGCUACAAAUAAAAACACAAAACAGAAAAACACUACUACUAUCAAUAAUAGUACUGGUUCCAUUUAUUCAUCAAUUUGUAGUUUUUUCACAUCAAAAUUUAAAAUUUUUUCAACUGAAAAAAAAACAGAUUCAAAUCCUCCUCAAAAUGAUUCUAAUCCUCAAAUGAAUGAUAAUGCCAGAUCUUUAAUGGAAGACAAAUUAACAAUGGAUUCUCAAAUUUUCUUGAAUUUAAUUAGCUUUUAUGCUUAUAAUUUCUUUAAAAUUUACUUUAAAAAUUUAUUAAAUUAUUCCAAUAUCAAUAUCAAUGACAAUAAAAAUAUCAAUGACAAUAAAAAUACUAAUAUAUUCAAUAAUAAUAAACUUAAUAAUGAUUUAAUUAAAACCCCAAUUCAUUUACAUUUCAAUUUGAAUAACAAAAAAAUCUUUCUAACUCUCUUUCAAAGGGACUUGAAUCUAUUCAAAAAACUAUCAAACCAGUCAGAAACUGACUUGGUCAUUAACGAUUUGUCUGACAAUAUUUUUACUUCAAAGGAUUACUCAUUAUCCUCCUCUUUUUCUUCAUCAUACUCAGAAUCUUCCUCCUACACAGUUCCUUCUUCACUACCUAACAAAAAACAGAGAAAAUUCUCAAAAGAAUUUCCUGAUUAUAACAAUGAUGGCUAUAAUGGUGAUGACGAAUCAGAAGAUAACUCAAAUCACCAUUAUGAUUUGGAAUCAUCUUCAAAAUAUCUAAUCAUGUUUGUUUCAGAUAAACAUUAUCCUGAAGGCUUUGCCAAAUUAAAAUUAAACAAAUUAGUUAAAGUUUUACAAGAAAAUGGUUUGUAA